AUGGAGACGUGGCUGGAAGACCCCUCUGCCAUCUGUCGGCGACGUGAGUGUGCAACACGCGCUCGCUCGCCAUAUGUUGCAGAACCUUGUAGAGAUGUACUAGGAACCAUUUUUGAUGAGGUGCUUGUGGUGGACGUCUUGGACUCGGGCGAUGUGGCUCAUCUGUCCCUGAUGAAACGUCCGGACCUGGGAGUCACGUUCACAAAACUGCACUGCUGGACCCUCACACACUACAGCAAGUGUGUGUUCAUGGACGCAGACACACUGGUGCUGUCAAAUAUAGAUGAACUCUUCGAGAGAGAGGAGUUAUCAGCAGCGCCGGAUCCCGGUUGGCCAGAUUGUUUCAACUCCGGGGUGUUUGUCUUCACACCGUCCAAUGAGACGCACGAGAAGCUGAUCACGUUCUGCAGUGAAAACGGCAGCUUCGACGGGGGAGAUCAGGGGGUCCUCAACAGUUACUUUAACACCUGGGCGACGAAAGAUAUUUCCAAACACCUUCCCUUCAUCUACAACCUCAGCAGUAUCUCCAUCUACUCCUACCUGCCAGCUUUCAAACAGUCAGUACACACACGUGCUGCAGCGACGCCUGCAGAGCUGCGGGAGCGUCUGAUAGAGAAGCUGCGCUCGGUGUUGGCCAGCGGCUCCGAUGAGGAGUGCUCAGUGUGUCUGGAGUCUGUGCGUCUGCCCGUCAUCACACACUGCGCCCACGUCUACUGCCGGCCCUGCAUCGCCCAGGUCAUCAGCAGCGAGCAGAGUAUCGCUGCAGUCCUGUUUAAUUCAAUCAUUCAUUCUCUGUCCGUCACGCAGGGAGAGCUUCACCAGGAUGUGAGAGGGCACCCGGCACCUCCACCCCCCCCAAAGCUUUCAUCAAACGAGAGGAAGCAGCGUUGGGAAGCGGGCCAGAUCGACUACAUGGGUGACGACUCCUUCGCCAAUAUCGAACGAAAGCUUGACUCCUUCCUGAAGUAGGGGACCGGGGAUGGAGCACGACGGACAGAGAGAGUGUGUGGGUGAAGAUGUAAGCACUGCCUCGGCCAAUCACAGGGGCUCGAAGGGCAGGUGACUGGAUGAAUGCCUGUGUGCAACAUCCAGCCUCACUCUCUGCAUCCUGUCAGUGUGUGUGUGUCAAAUUUGAAGAUUCCCAUGCACUUCCACCAUUCAUUCUUCCCUCAGAUUGAUAUUUCAGGAAACAUGCUCAGCCGCUUUCUCGCAGAGAACUAGAUGAGAAGAUUGAUACCACUCACAUGUUUAGAUUCUAAUUAUUAAAGGUCACCUAUUAUGCAAAAUCCACUUUUUCA